AACCAUCACACAAAACAAACUAUAAAUCCACACCACAACAAACCCUAGACUUCUUCUCUCUCAUAUACGCAUCACUUCUUUCUCACUCGGCCUCUCUGCAGCUCACGGCUUCUUUCACUCUAUAGAUUUCUGUGAAUUUAGAGUGGAAAAUUCGAUCUUCUGAAGCCAUGGCUCUGGUUUUGCACUCCUCCCCAAACAAAAAUGCAUUCAAGGUACUUAUUGCCGCAGAAUACUGUGGUGUUAAGAUUGAGAUGGUAAAGGAAUUUCAGAUGGGUGUAAGCAACAAGACCCCAGAAUUUAUCAAGAUGAAUCCCUUGGGGAAGAUUCCUGUUCUGGAAACUCCCGAAGGUGCCAUCUUUGAGAGCAAUGCUAUUGCUCGCUACGUGGUCCGAUCGAGCGCUGAUAGCUCCCUAUAUGGCUCGUCCUUGAUUGAUUACGGCCAAAUCGAGCAGUGGAUGGAUUUUUCUGCCACUGAGAUUGAUGCAAGCAUAGCAGGCUGGCUGUACCCCCGACUUGGGUACCGAUUGUAUCUUCCUCCGGCUGAGGAGGCUGCAAUUGCAUCACUGAAGAGAGCUCUAGGGGCGUUGAACACCCAUCUUGCAUCCAACACCUACUUGGUUGGACAUGCUGUAACAAUUGCCGACAUUGUUAUGACAUGUAACCUGGCUAUUGGAUUUCAGGGAGUCAUGACCAAGACCUUCACAUCGGAGUUCCCACAUGUGGAGAGGUAUUUCUGGACCCUGAUUAACCAGCCCAACUUCAAGAAGGUAUGGGGUGAUGUUAAACAAGCGGAAUCUGUCCCACCUGUUGCAUCCAAGAAACCUGCACCAAAAGAGGCUGCAAAACCCAAGGCGAAGGAGGAACCCAAGAAGGUGGCUAAGAAAGAAGAACCUAAGCCCAAGGAAGUAGAGGCUGAGGAAGAAGAAGCACCUAAACCCAAGGCAAAGAAUGCUUUGGAUCUACUGCCGCCAAGCAAGAUGGUUCUAGAUGACUGGAAGAGGCUGUACUCCAACACUAAGACCAACUUCCGUGAAGUUGCCGUUAAAGGGUUUUGGGAUAUGUAUGAUCCUGAAGGAUAUUCCCUGUGGUUCUGCGAGUACAAGUACAAUGAUGAGAACACUGUCUCGUUUGUCACUUUGAACAAGGUCGGUGGAUUCCUGCAGAGAAUGGAUUUGGCCCGUAAGUAUGCAUUCGGAAAGAUGUUGGUUAUUGGAACCGAAGCUCCGUUUAAGGUGAAGGGUUUGUGGCUAUUCCGUGGGACUGAAAUUCCUCAGUUUGUAAUGGACGAGUGUUACGACAUGGAGCUCUACCAUUGGACGAAGGUGGAUAUCAAUGACGAAGCUCAGAAGGAGCGUGCCAGCCAGAUGAUUGAAGAUGCCGAGCCUUUUGAGGGAGAGGGUUUGUUGGAUGCUAAGUGCUUCAAGUGAAGAAGAUGCGCGUAUUCUUCAAUCUGUGUUGUAUUUUUGUCAGCAGCCUAUCUUCAUUUUGUCUUUCCUAAACUCUAAAUUAUCUUUUUUGCUUUGAUUCAGCACAAAAGUUCUAUGUUUUCUGGACUCAGUUUUGUAGCUUGUUUUUUUUUUUUCUUUUCUUUUUAAUUUUUAUAAUUUUAUUUUGGCUUUACUUAGACUUUGCUAUCUCACUGUAAUGGUAUAUUUGAGUUUUAAACGUUUUUUAUUUUAAGUGUUGAAUUGGAAUUCGCU